UUGAGUUGUUCACACUUCCUACUUGCAUCCUUCUCAGCCUACAUACUGUGCACUGCUGCGUUUGUGUGUCAGUAAGCUGGUGGAUAAAGUCAUGCUGUUCGAUGUUUCAAACCAAAAGGCAAAGGUGAAGUGCAGAUCGGUGGGCUCCACUUCAAACAUCUUGCAGACCACGACCAUGCUUGCAGGAGGUCUCUGCAACACUCUGCUGCAAUGAUCCCAUUUGACACAGCAGAGAAGAAGGUUACAGGUGGGGCGUGGUUUGAUAUCUCACUCAAUUAUCUCCUGGCAGGCUCCAACAAACACCACAAAGAAGCGUUUAGCAGCUAUUGUCGUCUGCAACAUUAAAAUGGACCAAAAGUGGAUUCAGAUUCUGGUGGUUCUAGUGUUUUGUCAAAAAAUGACUUCAGGAGCUGGUGAAGACAGAACUGUAAAGGAAGGGGAGCAGGUUGAAAUCAAAUGUGACCUAAAGGACAAGGGCAGCAUGGUCAUCUGGUUUCAAGUUCUGGACACAUCUGGCAUGAAAUUCAUUGCAUCUUUCAGCAUCAAUGGUAUCCUAAAGUCACACUCACCCUCCUUCCAGUUUACCUUCAGUGAUUCAAAGAUGCAGCAAAAUAUCCUAACACUGAAGUCAUUCAACAAAACUCAGGACAGCGGCGCUUACAGCUGUGCAUCUCUCAAAGGCAGUGUACUGCAUUUUGGCGUAACAACCCGACUGGUCGGAGAAAAAGCUGAAGUCGCAGUAGUGGAAGCCCCACAGGCCACCACCACCGAACAAAAUCUAUGCACAACUGCUGCGACAUGUGUUUGUAACAACAUUAACGAGCAAGGGGAAACCAGUCCUCAAAUGUUUUGUACCCCAAUCAUACUGGGCCCACUGGCCGGCGGCUGUGGCCUUCUUCUUCUACUCCUCAUCAUCACCACCGUGUACUGCAACCAUAUAAGGACACGGAGAUGCCCACACCAUCACAAACGAAAACGACGGUCGGGGGAUCUUGAAAAACUAAAAGUGGACAAACGACAAGUUUAAUCCAAAUGGGGUGUGUAAUUUCAUGGACACUGAUGUAAACGGCAAUUCUAUUACGGGCUUGUGUUACUGUUACUGUUGCAGAAAUGAUUUUUCAGUUUAAAUCACAUUUCUGGUGAACAUGUUGCUGCCAACUUAAAAAAAGUUCUUUAAAAUAUCUUCAAAGCUUUUCGCCAACAUCUGUAGUUUGAACGUUGUUGUUUUACGGCCGAUAACGCUGCGCCAUCACAUCACGAUUGAACUCUUCUAAUGAAAUAAUAUGAAAUAACAUGAAAUGAAGUAAGCACUGAUUUACAUUUAUUUCAAACAUCAUGCAAACAAUUGUAUAUAAUUAAUUUUGCUUUUGUAUAGAGCCAAAGUCAAUUUCACACUGGCUUUUUCAGCAGUCUACCUACAUAGAUUUUUUACCUUAAUAACCGUACAGUCCUUUAGAUUUUGUGAAAUUUUUUUAAACAAGAACUUAACUUGCCUUAGCUUGGAAAUAUUUAAUAACCACUUAAAAAAGAAGAAAUUGCUCUGAUUUUAUUUUCAGCAGGAUAACUUGAAAUCUUGAAACAUUUUAUUUAGUUAAGCUUUUGUUUCUAUUAUUUUAUUUUUGAAAAAUGUCUUGUAAUUCAAAUAUCUAUAUGGUUUCAAAGUUACGAGGAAUUGUUUUUCCUUUUGUAAAAUUGGAUGUACAGCAUUUUAGAAAGUAUCCCACUUUCUGAGUUUUUGUAGCUUGAAAUAUUUUAAAAAUAAAAUAUAUUAUCACUCAAUAAA